CACUGUCCACAUCUCUCUACAAAGAUUUAUGAUAAAACAGAGAAACCAUGUCUUCUCUCCGAGUACACAGAGAAUUACCCUACCUAUCACUCUUACCUACCCAGAGAUUCAUUCAAGCCCAGGAUGGUGUACCAGAAAGGAUCAGUACCAAUGGAAGGCCUGACCACAUCAAGGAGAGAUUUUGCACUUCACAAAAUUGUACCAGUGAAACUCCACCAGCCUGAACAAUUUGUUCCAAGCCAGGAGACUAUGGAUUUGCUCACAACAUACAAACAAGAUUAUAACCCCUACCCUGUUUGUCAAGUUGGCCCCAUCAAACCUCGAGACAGUAAAUAUCUGUGUGGUAACAAGAUGGAAUGCUUGCCUACUUAUAAAGCUGAUUAUUUACCUUGGAAACAACGCAAACGAGAGCCCAUUCGCCCAGCACGCAACUAUCAGCCAGCACCUACCAGGUUUGAUAACAGAACCACUCACCAGGAUGACUACUCCGUAAAGGGCCAAGUGACUACUGUGAGCUGUAAGCCCCCAGCCAUCCCAAAGCUUUAUGAUGUCCCCUUGGAGGAUCUGACUAACUACAAGAUGAACUAUGUGGCCCACCCUGUGGAGAAGCGCUUUGUGCAUGAGGCAGAGAAGUUUAGACCCUGUGAAAUACCCUUUGAGAGCCUCACUACCCACAAAGAGUCCUACAGGGGCCUGCUAGGAGAGCCUUCCAAGAGCUUGAAACCUCCAGCCAAGGGCCCUGGGCUAGACACACCUUUCUCGAACACCACUGAGUUUAGAGAUAAGUAUCAAGCUUGGCCGACACCUCAGGUGUUCUCCAAAUCUCCCAUCACCUAUGUGCCUCCUGAAGACAAGAUGGAUCUUCUGACAACUGUGAAAGCCCAUUAUACAUACCCUAAGGGAGCCCCUGCUCAGUCCUGCCGGCCAGUGCCCCUAAUUAAGAAGAGUGGCCACUUUGAGUGCUCCACCACCACCAAGGAUGACUACAAGCAGUGGACCAGCAUGCUUACCAAGCCCAUCAGACCAAUUCCCCAGCUGAAUAUUCCUGCUGAGCCUUUGGACUUCCGGACCACUACUCAGAUCAAUUAUGUACCACACCCCCUCAUCAGCACUAAAAGCUUCAAGCCCCCUUUUGCUGGGCCUCGAGAAAACAUCCCUGUGGAUGGCCAGACCACCUACUCCAUCAGCUUUACUCCCAAGGAAAUGGACAGGUGCCCAGCUUCAUAUCUGGAGCCCCCUGGCUAUGUCUUUGAGGAAGUAGAUGAUUUUGGGCACAGGUUUUAUAGGCCGGCUUCUCAGACAGGUUCUCGGCAGAACAGAAGUCUUUCCAUGGGUGAUGCUGAAAACCCUAAUCUGAAGGAGCUGGCUGUGUGA